UUGUUGGGAAAAAUCUCCAAUUCCAAUUCUAAUUCCAAUUUCAGAAAUGGCCCUAGAGACACCGGCAUGGCUGAAUCUAUGCUUCGUGGAGAAGAUCCUGCGAAAGUCGGAAGGCGACAACUCGAUUCAGGUGAUCGAGAUAUUCUCGAAAUCAGCCACGGCUAAGGGUGACGGCUACACAAGCGAUAUAAUUAGGGUUACUGCCGAAUUUUCGCGUGACCAAAGCGACAGUAAAAUUACGGAGAAGAAAUCAAUCAUUGUCAAAAUCGCGCCUGUAGCUGAAGGCAUUCGUCACUUUAUCGAAUUAUCAGGCGUCUUUGACAUCGAGAUAUUGAUGAUGUCAGAUACCUUGGAUAAAAUGAAUAAGUUGUUAGGGCCGGAGCAUCGCUUAAGCGGGAAGGGCCUAUACGUGCAAAAUAAAAAUCCAACGCUUCUGGUGAUCGAGGAUCUCGCGCCUCUCGGCUUUCGCAUGGCCAAUCGUCUGUCUGGUCUUGACCUAGCUCAUACCAUAUUGGCGCUUGACGGACUAGCCAGGUUUCACGCAGCUUCUGUAGCCAUAUGCGAGAAGGUAAAUCACUACGCGUGACUCACUUGUAAUGUCUCAUUGCGAUUAUCACGAAUUCAGGUUAGUGGCACGAAACCAUGGACCAUACAAGGUGCAAAUUUUCAUGUUAAUAUUCCCUGAAUGAUAUAAGUAAUAUAUUUUAUGCAACACGUGCAUGGAAAGUGCCCCA